AUGGCUGACAUCAAACCUCGUAGUUUUGUGACAUGUGCUUGUGGUAAGACACUACAACUGCGGAAUCUCGCUCAGCAUUGUUCAAGCAAAAGCCAUACUGCAUUUGCAAAUAAACAGAUAUCGAUCAGCCAAGACAAAAAUAAUGAUGUAGUGAACUCCGAUUCGUCUGAUCAUUUACUCGAUUUGACAGCAUUUCUUCGGGAAUGCGAUUUACGUGCCGAUCAAGAUCGAAUUCGAGCCAUCGUAGAGCGACAUCAAUGUAUGGAUCCGUAUACAAAAAGUAAAUUAAUUAUGAAAAAUGGAGAACUAACACUGAAUAAUUUUGAUGUUGAUCACAUUCAUGAAGCGCAGAUACUGGCUUGUGCUGUCCGUCACACACCGGAACUGGCACCUCGUGUUAGUAAUACGUUGAUAUUGAGACCGUUACGAACUGUUUGUAAUGAUGUUUCGAAUUUGACGAUCACCGAAGCAAAAGUUAAUCGAUCGAAAGGGCAAGCUGUGAAAUUUUUCUUGGGACAUUUUCAGACAUCGACAGAAUUACCACUUCUUGCAGCAUUCAUCCAAACAGCAGAUGGUAAAGAACGUUCGAUUGCUCAUUUUGCACAAAAUAUUGUCGAUACAAUAGAAGCAACUAGCGGUGUUAUGAGUGAUGCAAUUCGUCAAACACGUAUGGAAAAUGGACGUGUGUCUGGUGCAAGUUCCUACGAAAAAGUUGCCGAACAAUUUGAUACAAUCGUUGAUCGAAUGCAACUGAACUGGAAUGAAGGAGUGAAACUUCGCAAUGGUAAAACGUACUAUGCCAGCAAGUAA